AUGGACCCGCAAUGCCUGAGCAGGUACAUGGUUGACUUCAAAAGCAUUGGGAGUGUGCCCAUGCCAGCGUUCCUUCCCUCGAACAGAUCCAACCCGAUCAAAGAGACCGGCCCAGACUACGUUCUCACCGCCGAGGAGAUCGAACUCCGGCGCACGGCGGCUAGAGAGCAUGCUUUGGAACAGCAUGAGAGGCUCCUCGCGCAACAGAGUGCUGGGAACAAGCGAAGGAGGAAGGAGAUGUUCGAAGGGGUGGAGCAAGGGGAUCCCGCUGCAAUCCAGAGGCUCGAAAAGGACCGCCAGCAUGGCAAAGAUCAGCAGGAGAAAGAGAAAGCGGCUCGGGCAGCGGGCGACGUUGGGGCGCUGGGAAAGCAUCAGCGCGUGUUGCAGAAGAAUAGGGAGAGCCAUGCGGAGCUUAAGGCAGCUGCGCAAGCUGGUGAUGCCACCGCAGCAAAACAGCUUGCGCAGGUCAACCACGGAUGGCAGCAUGAGCAGGCGGAGAAACGACGAGCGGGUGAUCAAGUGGCUAUACGAAGGACGGGGUAUUUGCCGAGGAAGCGGUCGCUUGAUGGCGCGCGACCACAAGGCUUCUUAACACAGUAUUGA